GCGGAAGUGUCGCCGUCAUGGCGGAUCUUGGUAGGCAGUUGCAGGAGUACGUGGCUCAGAAUAAAGCUGGAAAUAGUGGCAGUGCUUCCUCGGUGUCUUCAUCCUCCGGGGAGCGCUCAGAAGGGGGAUGGAAGGCCUGGCUCUCCCCUCCCAGCACAGGAUUGUCCUGGUCAUGGACUCCUGUAGAUCCAGACCCUCUGCUGCCAGGGAUGUCAGGGUCUCAGCGGCUGAUUGGAGCUGUGCUGUGCGCAGGAAUGGCUGCGUUGUGUUUUGCCCUGGCAGGUCUGUAUGUGCCUCUGCUGCUGCUCCGCGCUCGAAAAUUCGCCAUGCUGUGGUCCAUGGGGUCCUUCCUUGGCCUGUGUGCCGCAGCCCUCCUGCGGGGCCCCAGUCGACUGCUCCGAGAGCCUGAUCUAUGGUUCCUGCUGUAUCUGUUGGCACUUGGCGGGACGCUGUAUUCCGCACUGGGGAUUCGCAGUACAUCUCUCACUGUGUUGGGGGCCGCCGCACAGAUCAUCACUGGAGCUGCCCUGCUGCUGGGGAUGCUCCCAGGCGGAGCCGCAGGGAGACGGUAUAUCAGUGGACUUUGUGGAAGUCUGGUCAGGAAAGGAGUCUCCAAAGCCCUACCAGUGUGA